AUUAAGAUUACAUUUGUUGGGGUUAGUGCUGUUGGCAUGGUCUGUGCCAUCAGUAUCUUAAUGAAGGACUUGGCAGAUGAACUUGCUCUUGUUGAUGUCAUGGAAGACAAAUUGAAGGGAGAUAUGACGGAUCUCCAACAUGGCAGCCUUUUCCUUAGAACGCCAAAGAUUAUCUCUGGCAAAGACCAUAAUGUAACUGCAAACUCCAAGCUGGUCAUUAUCACAUCUGGGGCACGUCAGCAAGAGGGAGAAAGCCAUCUUAAUUUGGACCAGCAUAACAUGAACAUCUUUAAAUUCAUCAUUCCUAAUGUUGUAAAAUACAGCCCGAACUGCAAGUUGCUUAUUGUUUCAAAUCCAGUGGGUAUCUUGACCUAUGUGGCUUGGAAGAUAAGUGGCUUUCCCAAAAACCGUGUUAUUGGAAGUGGUUGCAAUCUGGAUUCAGCCCAAUUCCGUUACCUGAUGGGGGAGCUGGGAGUUCACCCAUUAAGCUGUCAUGGGCGGGUCCUUGGGGAACAUGGAGAUUCCAGUGUGCCUUUAUGGAAUGGAGUGAAUGUUGCUGGUGUCUCCCUGAAGACUCUGCACGCACAUUGAGGGACUGAUACAGAUAAGGAACAGUGGAAAGAGGUUCACAAGCAGGUGGUUCAGAGUCCUUACAAGGUGAUCAAACUGAAAGGCUACACAUCCUGGGCCACUGGACUCUCUCUGGCAGAUUUGGCAGAGAGUAUAAUGAAGAAUCUCAGGCGGGUACACCCAAUUUCCACCAUGAUUAAGGGUUUCUAUGGAAUAAAGGAUGAUGUCUUCCUUAGUGUUGCUUGCAUCUUGGUACAGAAUGCAAUCUCAGACCUUGUGAAGGUGACUCUGACUCCUAAGGAAGAGGCCCGUUUGAAAAAGAGUACAGAUACACUUUGGGGGAUCCAAAAAGAGUUGCAGAGAAUGCUGUUUGCUGUAACCUCAGCUUCGAGAAAACAAUGCCCAUAUUGCAUUAACCUGCUAGACCAGCUUCAGAAAGGAUCUCUGAAUGUCACGAUUUCAGAAACCGUUAAAAGGCUUUCCUCUCCAGGAGCCUGGCAAGCCAAGCCUGCCUUCUGCGGGGCAACAGCGCGAGGCAUUACCCCUACAGACCACUGGGGGGCACCAUCCGUCCUGAGUUGGAGAGAACGAUGGGAAGCAGGGCUCCUUCACAAGGCUGCGGGGCUCUUCUCCGGGCCCGCCCCCCCCCCCCCCCAUCCAGCAACAGCCAAUCAGAAACUCACUGACAGCGCUGGGCUCUCCACGCUCAGUUUGCUGCUUACCAAUCCCACGGCCCAAGGGGAGCGGGGCUCUGUGUGGCCGGAGCUGGGGGCCCACACGGAGCCCCUUGCCAGAUGCCCCCGAGUUAUGCGGAAGGGCCAGCCUAGGACAGCAGCCACUGCAUUUCUUUGGCUUGCGCUGCGGUCCGAUGGAGCUCGGUUUAAAUCUCAACUUUGUCGAAACUGCUACAAGAAGCAAACGCAACCCUGUGAAGCUCAGAGCACUUCCUGGUUUGCUGGAAUCCUACAGCAUGUCCAUGGUGAGCUGCAGCUCGGUUUCUUUGAGUGCAAUUUCAAUGUCAGUGCCAUUGCUCUGCAUCAGGACUGA